AAUUUAGCCUCUUCUUGGGUACAGUUGCUAGGGAUUCCGAGCUUGCGCCUCUUAAUUAUAGAAAAUUCAAACUUUUGCCCACACUUGAUAAAAUAUGGGAUUAUGUUUUGGUAUGUUCCUUUCAUUGUUUCUUUUCUAUAUAAGCUCAUUCAUCAAACUGAAAACAUGUAUACACUACUAAUUGAGCUCAUUCAUUGGACCGAAUACCUUAUAUACUACUAAUUGAGCUCAUUCAUUGUUGGGUUAGGAAAAGUACAUGGUUCCCGAUCAAGGGAAAAAAUGGGUUUUCGAAUCUAUAAAUGCAAGUUGGCGUGGUCAUAAAUGUAGGGUAAAGCAAAAGCACUACUAUGCACAUGAAACUGAUGAGAAAAGGUGGGAAAAUCGUCCAAAAACAGUUUCCGAUUCUCAAUUUAAAGAUCUUUUGGAAUACUGGAAUUGUUCACUAAUCGAGAAAGAAGCAAAAAUUAAUAAAGGCAAUCGUGGAUCACUAGAUGAUAUGCAUACUAUGGGUCCGAAGUCAUACGCAAUGUUACGUCAUAAGUUGCAACAAGAGGAUCCGGAUAAGCAAGAGCCUUCACAAGAAAAGGUCUACAAAGAAUCGAGGAAAAGAAAUCCUACAAAGACAUACCUCACCAACAACGAAAAAUCUAUAUCCAAUAUUGCCAAGAUGGAUGCUUUACAAAGUGUUGAACAUGGAGAAGAUGGUGCACUAAGGAUCAUUACUCUGAAGUCAUACAAGAUCCUGUACGCAAAAAUCGUGUACGCCUUUAUGGAAGAGGUGUAA